AUGUCGAGCCACCACGACCCGCUCUCCGUGGCGUUGCCUUACCAGUUUUCCAACCAGGACGACUUCCCCACGGAAAUCGUUGCCCAUCGUUUCCAGGCAUGGCGCUACAUCCUUAAGGACCUUAUAGCGUACCUAAGGCAGUAUGCCUCCGUGCAAGAAGAGAUUUUACGGCAGCAGGCCCGUCUCCAGCAGGCUGUUGGUGCCUCUGCCGCCGUGGCAUCGUCAACGCCGACUCUAGGCAGACCGCCCAAGGACAAACAAUGGCAGGACGACCUCCAGGCGAUCAACGAGUACUUCUUGCCCAUUGGCAACGGCUCCAUUCAAGAUAUCCCCACGAUCCUCACGCGGUUCCAUCAGCAAAACAUCGAAAACGGCACCAAGACCUUGAAAGAGAUCCAGCUGGUGGUGAUCCCGCGGUUGGAGGACUUGCGCAAGGACCUUGUGCUCAAGAUAAAGGAGAUCCGCAAGUUGCAAAAUGACUUCAAGAACACCUUGUCCAAAGAUUUGCAAGACUCCAGCGCUCUUUUGAGCAAAUUCAACCAUGCCAUCGAAAUCGCCAACCGCCACGAGUUGUUGACCACCUCUGGCGAGCCCGUCCCUCAUUCCCAUGAUUCCCACCACGAGCUCGAUAGCUCCAAGCGUGACCCAUACUUGGUCCGCCUUAAGCUCAAGGACCAGCUCAGCAGGCAGCUCAAGGAGGAGCGCUACCUCUACGACGCAUAUGAGAACUUGCAGCUGUCGUCCCAGAAACUAGAAUCCAUUGUUGUGCUGGAAGUACAGAACUGUCUCCUGAUUUUCCUCAAUUUGGUUCAAAACGAGCAUUCCACGAUUCCAGAGUUCUUGGUGCCUCGUCUCUCCGACGGCUUCCUUUCCAAGGAGUCCCUGUUUGAGUGGAACUCCUUCAUUGAUCGUAAUUUGCCCAAGACGUCCACCAUUUCUAAGAACCUCAUGUCCGGUAAAUUUAUCGACUUGCUGUUCCCAGCUAGAAAAUUGGCAGAUCUUAAUAUUCCACACUUUGACUCGUUGGUCAACUUGCCUAUUCGUGAGGGUGUUUUGGAGAGAAGGUCGAAGUUCUUGAACAAAUACUCCAGUGGCUGGUACGUCUUGACCUGCAGUUAUCUCCAUGAGUUCAAAACGAACGACAGAAAGCGUGAUCCACACCCUGUCAUGUCUCUUGCAUUAGAUACUUGUUCAGUCGACAAGCAUACAAAAAAGGAUGACUCCAAGCUGUUGGGCUCUUACAAGUUCAUCUUGUACUCCAAGCAGCAAAAUGGUAUCAUUCAUAGAGGCCAUAACUGGUCUUUCAAAUGCGGGACUUUCGAAGAGAUGAUCCUGUGGUACAACGACAUCAAGCAAUUGACACAAUUGGCAUCGCCUUCUGCUAGAGCAAAGGCCUUCAGCAAGGUACUCCAGGCGAAGAAGAUUGAGGCUGGAGAUAAGAAGAUGUCAAGAGCCUCAAGUUUAUUGUCCGCUCAGACUGGACCCGCUGCUCGUUCCGUCCGUUCCAAUUAUACCAAUGCAUCCAAGACUCGUCAACCUUUGAGUCCAGCACAAUCUUUGCGUUCAAAGGCAUUAUCACAGACCGUAUCGGCUACAUCCACCGGUCAGAACCAGCGCUUGUCCUCGACAUUCUCGCAGAAGAAUUACCACCAGUCACCAAAGCUUUCAAACUUGAUUAAUAGUGACGGUACCAUUGUGACUCCAGUCGAUACACAUCAGGCUGAAACCUUUAAAGACCACGAGCAUGGAGACACAACCUUGGCAGGUCAAUUGAGCCAAUACGGUGACGAGCAAGACCAUGAUAUCCAGCAUGAUCCUCAAUUCGAUCAAUAUUCUCAAGGGGGUCCUAAAUCAGUGCCAAUGCAAAAUGGAACGCAAGGCACACCCCAGCAAUUCAUUCCGCAGAACUACCAGUACUAUUUCAGUCAAGUAAACUCGCAACCUCAACAGUUUUAUGACCCUGUUCUGCAACAGUUCUUCACAAUCAAUGCUAUUCCUGUUCCGGAUGCCUCUCAGGUACCAUCAUCGUCCUCGCAAGGCCCUACAUCCACACAGCAGCUGCAAGCGGGGCGUACUCCAGUACAGGGGCAGCCCAUGCCACAAUAUUUCCCACUGUCGCCUCAGGCCCAGCCCCAGGCUCAGUACUUUCCAGCAUCACCCAAUUUCCAGCCCCAGAUUAUUCAAACAGCAGCCACGCCUCAGCAAGGGCAUCAGGCUGAGAACGGUAGAGUGAAGGCGGCAUAUGUGCCUCACUUUCCACAGCAUUUUAACGAGCAGGCUCCCAGUGGAUCUGGGGCCAACGCUCAAGGAAAGCCCAGCAAUUUGCCUUAUCCCACCAACUUGGAGCAGCAUCCAGGCCAAUCGAGACAAAAUCUGACGACGUCCACUGGCUCUCUCACGGUGGCCAAAACGGUACCAGGUGCGUUCAAGACGGUUGAUGAGAAUCUCCACACGGAUGAUCAGAUUUCUCAGGCCAACAUCAGGUAA